AGGGGACGGUCAGGAUUCUCCAUGGUGAAGAUGGUCAGCCAUGGAAAACAUAUUGCAAUAAUAGUCCAACAGCUUAACAAAUUUAACCCUGAAAAUCAGAGCGUGGAGGAUUUCUUGAAUGAAUCAGCUAAGAUGUUGAAGACUCUUAACAUGACAGAAGAAAAAUUUGUGUUGGAUACACUAGCUGGAUGCAUAGAAUAUAAAUCCUUAUUGGAUGUAGUGGUCAAUGCCUUUUUUGUUCGAGAUGGGAGAUAUUGCUUGAUUUCUGAACGUAAUCUCUAUAUAGUUAUUUGUUAUCUGGCUACUUUUCAACUGGAAGAGCUUGGUCUUCAGCACUUCAGCAGAAUUGUGAAAUCGCUGGACACUGCAAAAAUGCAAAAGUUUCUUAGAUUCUUCUUCAAUGCCUUGUAUUUGAACACAUGGAUAAAGGAUGAAUGGAGUCAGAUCUACGAUUCGCUGUAUGUAAAAGAGAACUGGAUUGAUCCACUGCUAAGAUGGCAGCCAAAAGUACAGCAACUGAUUGGACAGCUCACAGAUAAAUUAAAUAAUCAUACUACCACUGUCAAGACUUCGACGGUCACUCAGCCAAAGGAAUUUAAUUUGACUGUACCCAAACCACGUGCCAUUCCUAUACCUCUCCUAAUACCAGUACUGGAAAAAAGGCCACCUGUUCCUCCAAGCACCUACAAACCUCCACAGGAAAAAAAGCAACUAGAGGAAAUCAAAACAAAAAAUCGCCGAAAAGCAGAAGAUCUGCUCCUGAAAGCAAAUACUAAUCAGUUCAGGUGUGCAACCAUGAAGUCUGAAAAGAGAGAGAACCCACAUGACAGUAUGAAGAGAAAACCAGCAUUCCGGGCUCAAAAGAUCCAAAGCAAGAUUGACAAUAUACCUAUUAAAUUAAAUGCUGCAGCUAUUUUAAGAGAGGGUGCCCUCUAUCAGCGGAAAAUGGAACAAGAGCUCAAGAGAAUUGAAGAUUUGCUACGAGGGGCUGGAGACCCCUCUGAAUUCUUGGAAUGGCAAAAACAGAUGCGUGGAAAAGAUCUGGAAGAACAGCUGGCUGAAAUAGAGUGUAGGAGGCUUCAAGGGAAACUGAGUCAUGAAGAGGCAGUUCUAGCCCAUCAGAAUGUAAUUCAAGAAAAUAAGAUGAAAGCUGAUCUAAUGAGAGAAAAGAAAGCAGAGUUGAUGCACCUGUAUGCAGAGAAACGUCUACAGGAACAGAAAGAAAUGAGAGAGCUGGUGGAGCAGGUCAUGGAAGGACACAAGAAUGCAAAGCAAGCAAAAAUAAAGCUCCAGAAAUACAAACAGCAGAUAGUUCAGGAAGUUUGUGAAGAAAGUCGAGAACUUCUUCGACAAGCUUUAGAAGAAGAAGAGGAGAAGCUUAAGAAAAGAUACGAACUAAUUCAACAAAUACGAGCUAUUGAGUCUUUACCAAGUGUCAGACACAAGUUUGUUGAUUUAACAGAGACUGGUGGCCAUGGUUUAAUUUGUGAAAUGUCAAUAGUGGAACUACGUGAACGCCUCGCUCUACUCAGAGAAGCACAGAAGGCAGAAGAGGAAGAGAAGAGAGACCAGAUAAUUCAUGAAAAACAAGCUAAGGAACAACUUCUUCUAGACAAACUGGACCAGAUUUCCCUGUUCAGAGCAGAACUUGGACGAGCAGCUGCUUUAAAGCAAGAAGAAAAAAAAAGAAAGUCUCAGUCUGGUGAAAGGUCUAUGAAAGAUGAACGCAUUUUAAACCUGCAGGAAAAGAUUCUAGAAAAAAAAAUGGAGCGUAAAAAGCAAGCAGGAUUCUUAAAGAUUACCCCCCAGAAAACCAGCAUUGCAUCAAGGAAGGACUCUUUGCAGUGGAACCAUUGGAAAGAACUGGAAGAGAGUCGGGAAAGACAGUUCAAGAUCCUUCAACAUGGCUUCAUGGCCCGAGAGACAGCUCAGAAAAUGGCUGCCUAUGAGGCAGCAAGAAGUGGAGCCACAGUCUGCAUAUUGCGCUCUGAAGUAAAAUAAAAUACAUUUGGAAUAAAUUCAGGCCUGCUGGAAAUCUUCCAGUGUGCCUAUUUACUACGAGGUUGAAUUUUAAUCUUUAUUUCACCUUUACAGUGUGAUUAGAAAAAUUUGGGUCAUACAGCCACAACAGAAUAAAAAUAUGUUAAGAUUUUUUGUAAUAGAUUUUCACUUUUUUGUUAUAGCGAUACAUUUUUUCUGUUAGAAUCAAAAGUUCCUUCUUUUCUGUUAGAAUUGGAGCUCCUACAAUAAAAUGGCAAA